CCCAAACGUUGACUCGAUCGCGAUGGCGUCGUCGGGGCUGCCAAAGUUGCGGCUGCUGCGCCUCCAAGGAGUUCCGAUCUUUGAGCAACUGAAGCUGGAAGAAGCGCUGUUCCGUGUGGAUCCGCACAACUGGUUCAUCUGGAAUGAACGCACGAAAUCGACCAACAUUGUCAUGGGCAUCUCCGGCAAACCGGAGAGGUUGCUCGACGUGGACGCCGUUGCCAGAGACAAGAUCCCUGUGAUCAAGCGAUUCAGUGGAGGUGGAACGGUCGUCGUGGACAACAGUACUGUGUUCACAACGUUUGUCAUCAACACGUCGGCGCUGCCGCAAGUGAAGCCAUAUCCGCGAGAAAUCAUGGAAUGGUCAUCGACGUUCUACACUCCGCUGUUUCAGUCGCUCCUUGGUGGACCACGGUCGACUUCCCACCCCCCCACGUUCGCCCUUCGCGAAGAUGACUAUGUGUUUGGCGAUCGAAAGUUUGCUGGGAAUGCUCAAAGCAUCGGCAAGGACCGGUGGCUCCACCACACGUCAUUUCUGUGGGACUACUCGCCGCGCAACAUGCAAUACCUGCAGAACCCCGCCAAGCAACCCAAGUACCGAGCUCACCGCGAUCACACCGAUUUUCUGUGCAAGUUGAAGGACGUUGUCUCAUCGCAAGACGACCUCUUCCACGCAUUUCACCGCGAACUCCACUCGCAUUUUGACGUGGACGACGUCAUGUUGACCCCCGACGAAGUCCAUGCGCUAACGAGCAGCGAACACCGCAAGUCCACGCGAUGGGUCGAAGUCACAGCGCCAUCGUCGCCGCCAGCAUCGGCAUAACUGGUAAAUACUCUGGUCGUUUGAUUUGUUGGUGAAGGCACGUCGAAGCAAUGUCGUUCGGGAAACUCAUGCGAGCCGCUGCAGAAGUGCCUCGAUCUCGGUAGGGACCGCAACGACGGCAAUGUUCGUAGCCACCACACGACGCACCUUGGACGUUUCCAUCGCUUCCCAACUACGGCAACUGUUGACCGUCUCAUCAUCGAUGCCACCGACACGAAGAUGCACGCAAACCAAGUCAUGACCCGCGACAUGGUGGGCCGCUUGCGUCAUGAGUGGAGCGGGGACGAAGAUCUCGUACACUUGAGCUCCCGAGUCCAAGUAAAGUAGUGCGGCGAGUGGCCCUUGCACGUUGUCGUUCACGGGCUCAGGAAGCGAAAAAAUGUGCAUGGGGUGUCCCGUGAUGCAAUGGGCAUCGUUUGUUCGGCUAGCUCGUUCGUCGAGCGUUGGGGUGGCAAAUUGAGAACGUGGGGCUCGGUCUUGUUCGACGGUCGAUGGGUCGUUGAGUAUCGUAGAGCGCACACGGGAAUGGAGUUGCCCCAGUCGAGUCGGUUGUUGCUGCAUCGAG